AGUAGAUAUCAGUUGGGUGGCUGGUGAUCACGUAAGGGUUCAAGUUCAAGUGCAAAGAGCACAGACUGUUACCAACCUUAAUAAAUAACAAGCCUUUAGACAGCUCGAGCUCAGUGGUUUGGAUCCACAGAAGUUUUGUAUCGCGUUUUGUUUUUCAUUGCAGAGCUGAAUAAUGGCAGACAGAGAUAAAGCGACGGAUCAGAUGAAGCUGUGGAAGGAGGGUCGUGGCUCUCAGCGGCCAGAUGUCCUGACCACAGGAGCCGGAGUCCCGGUAGGGGACAAGUUAAACCUGAUGACGGCAGGCCCGCGUGGACCGCUGCUGGUCCAGGACGUGGUUUUUACUGAUGAAAUGGCCCAUUUCGACCGAGAGCGGACACCAGAGAGAGUCGUGCACGCGAAAGGAGCAGGAGCAUUUGGCUACUUCGAAGUGACCCAUGACAUCACACGCUAUUGCAAAGCCAAAGUGUUUGAGCAUGUGGGAAAGACGACACCCAUCGCCAUUCGCUUUUCCACUGUGGCCGGUGAAUCUGGGUCAGCAGACACCGUCCGAGAUCCUCGAGGUUUUGCAGUGAAGUUCUACACCGAUGAGGGCAACUGGGAUCUUACAGGAAACAACACCCCCAUCUUCUUUAUCAGGGAUGCGCUUCUGUUUCCAUCCUUCAUCCACUCUCAGAAGCGGAAUCCGCAGACUCACCUGAAGGAUCCGGAUAUGGUUUGGGACUUCUGGAGUUUGCGUCCUGAAUCGUUGCACCAGGUGUCUUUUCUGUUCAGCGAUCGGGGAAUACCUGAUGGCUACCGUCACAUGAACGGAUACGGAUCGCACACCUUCAAACUGGUCAACACUCCGGGACAGUCGGUGUACUGCAAGUUCCACUAUAAGACUGAUCAGGGCAUCAAGAAUUUGCCAGUUGAAGAGGCCGAUCGUCUGGCAUCCACCGACCCAGAUUACUCCAUCAGAGACCUUUACAAUGCCAUCUCAAAUGGCAACUUCCCAUCCUGGACUCUCUACAUCCAAGUCAUGACCUUUGAGCAGGCGGAGAACUGGCAGUGGAAUCCGUUUGAUUUGACUAAGGUGUGGCCCCAUAAAGACUUCCCUCUGAUUCCUGUGGGACGCCUCGUGUUGAACCGAAACCCUGUCAACUAUUUCGCUGAGGUCGAGCAGCUGGCAUUUGAUCCCAGUAACAUGCCACCUGGCAUUGAGCCCAGCCCGGACAAGAUGUUGCAGGGGCGUCUUUUCUCCUAUCCAGACACACAUAGGCAUCGGCUCGGAGCGAAUUACCUCCAGCUGUCCGUCAACUGCCCCUACCGCACCCGCGUGGCAAACUACCAGAGAGACGGACCCAUGUGCAUGUUUGACAACCAGGGGGGAGCGCCUAACUACUUCCCCAACAGCUUCAGCGCUCCUGAUACCCAGCCGCGCUUCGUUGAGUCCAAGUGUAAAGUGUCUCCUGAUGUGGCCCGAUACAACAGCGCAGACGAUGACAAUGUGACCCAGGUGCGCACUUUCUUCACUCAGGUGUUGAACGAAGCUGAGCGAGAGCGUCUGUGUCAGAACAUGGCCGGCCAUAUAAAAGGAGCUCAACUGUUUAUUCAGAAACGUGCGGUGCAAAACCUGAUGGCCGUUCACCCCGAUUAUGGCACUCGCAUUCAAACUCUCCUGGAUAAAUACAACACGGAAGGGAAAAAGAACACUAUUCAUGUUUAUACUCGUGGUGGAGCGUCCGCUGUGGCCGCAGCUUCUAAGAUGUGAUUUCAAAGUGCCGCCUCUCUGCACACACAUAUAAACACAUUCAUUCUCUUAUAGAGUGUGAUAUAAAGUCAUGAUGCUUAAUUCAUUCCUUGUGUGCUGUAGAAAUACGGACAUCAUAUCUAAUAUGGCCAAUUCACAACACAAGUGGUAUUAGCAAAUGCAGCGCUGAUUCCUUAAUCAUGAUUAAUGCCGUCAAACCAAAUGGAGGCCUUUGAUGCAUAUAUGCAAGUUUGAGUUUAUCCAAACUAAAUCAGUCUGUUUCUGCAUAUUUCUGCAUUUUGAUUGUGUGCGAAAUGUAGAAUAGCCAAAAAUAAUCUGAGAAUGAACACAAAUGUUUAAUAUUAAUACUGUGUGAGCCUUUUGAUUUUUUUUUUUCUUUAUAUCUUGGCUACUGAUGCCGUUUAAUAUUAAAUAAGAGAAAUUAACUCUUUCCGUCUCUUUUGCCUUUAACUGAAUAUAAUUCAGUUCUGAUAAUACGAAUGUAACACCUUUUGUCAUUUUGUAAAAAUAAAUAUGA